AUGUCAACGAAAACAACUACUACGACGGUAUCCGGUCGCGGUAGUGGUAGCAGUAGUACGGGGGAGUUUGAUGUAGCCGCCUUCGAAAAGAAACUACGCGAUCUAAAGGAUACACAGGACAGUAUCCAGCAUUUAUCCAACUGGUGCCUAUCGAGGCGAGUGCAUCAUAAAAAGAUUGUUACUAGCUGGUUAAACGUGCUGAAGCAAGUUAAAAUCGAAAGCCGCUUAACGCUGUUCCAUCUGGCGAACGAUGUGAUACAAAACAGUAAGCGCAAGAACUACGAGUAUGUAGACAGCUGGGGAACGUACCUGCAAAAAGCCACCACGCUGGUGCGAGACGAAAAGGUGAAACAUAAGAUUUUGAGAAUCUUUAAGAUCUGGGAAGAGCGGGACAUUUACAACGAGGAGUUUUUGUCCGAUCUGAAUGGGUUGCUAAGCGUAACCACAUCAUCCGCAAAAAAGCUACAGCAGCAGCAGCAGCAACAACAACAGCAGCAGCAACAACAGCAACAGCAAAAUGCCUCCGGGUCGAGCGUGAGCAAUGCGUCUCUCGCCACCGGUCCGACUAAACUCGCCGAAACGAAAUCGGCCGUCAGUGCCAGCAGCACCCAGCUGGAAGUGGAUGACUAUCAAGCGAGCCAUCUAGUUGCGCUCGUGCGUGAGUGCGAGAAGCACCAAAGUGAAACUGAUCAUACUUUCAAGGGUCUCAACAAAAAGCCACACGUUGAUGUGGAGGCUGUGAUGAACUCGAUUAAGGGAAAAGAUCGCAAAAAGGUAGAGGAGGUCGAGCAGGAGAUCGAGGAUCAACUUGCCCAGUACGAGAAUUUCGUCGAGGUGCUAAAGACUGAGCAAAAAUCACGUCGCGAACUGUUGACAGUGCUGGAUCAGGCUGGUUCGUUCUAUGAAAACCAGCGAACAGAAGUACGAGUCGUGGUGAAUGCCUACCGAAACUUUGGGAAUCGUUUGAAAAACACGAAAAAGAAACUGGACGAAUUGACGGUCACCUUACCGAGCCCAAUUCCUUCGCCUGAUAUCAAUGCACCGUCCCCGGUACCUUCGGACGGUGAUAACAUUCUGCCAAUCGAGGAUGGUUACUUUCAGAUGAUUCAGCAUCAGGGUAGCUACAUGGGCAGCGGCAAUCUGUCAUUCAACAUCAAUGAUUUCAACCGAUGCGAUUCUCCUUCAGCCAUGAAUAGAGUACAACCGAUUCAAGUGAUACAUUCGCGUAAGGAACAAUCGGAAGGGGUAAACGAUUUCCUGAAGACUUUUUUCCCCGAUUCAUCAGGUUACCAUGGGUCUCAAGUAAACGCACCGGCCUUGUCCGCCGGCGGAGGUGUAGCGCCACCCCAGGCGCCGUCCGGUAUCGUUCCUCAUCCAGUCGGACCGUACGGUGUUGGAGGAGGUGGUGGAAGUGGCGGUGGCUUGAUAAAUCCCUGGGCAACAUCCACACCUCGUGGUCCGCCACCAGGCAGGGGAAACAAUGUAGGAUACGUUGGUAACAACAGACCACCUCCGUACGGUGGUCAAGCAAUGCUGUCGGAUUACGGUGCGCCUCAGCCGUCACCAGGUGUCGUUGGACGGAAUUCAUUAUCAAUUGCCCCACCGCUUCUUCCACCCCCGAUGCCACCCCUAAACCUGGAUACAACUGAUGAUUACAACUCGACCUGGGACAUGCCCAUGACGUGGGAUGGCACGCACAACUCGUCCGGCUUCCGUUCUGGAAUGGAUGCUCCGGUUUCUCCGUCUCACUACGAUCGCAAGGGAAUCAAUAACAGCGGCAUGCUACUAGAUUACGGUGACGGCAGUAACGGCGAGAGUGGACUGCUGCAGGAUGUUGACCACCGGCAGCGUGGUGGUUUGUCGAUGAUUCCGUUCGCUAAGGAUAAGGGUCGUCUGGCGGACGUGGAUCAUCGCAAUUUAAUCUCGCUCACCGGCUCGCCAGGAGCUGCGCCCCAAUCGAAACACAUGACGGUGAAUGACUUGGAUGCGAUGGACGAUAGCUCAUCCUCGAACAGUAUGCCAGCCAUACGUGGUGGGCCUAAGCGGAAAUCGACCCCACAACCUGUACCUGCCCCUCUGGGAGAUCCGGCCAGUACACCCAGGGGUGCCAUAUGGGCGUCGCAGGAAAACACAUUUCCGAUACCGGUUACAAAUGACACCGAUUUGAGGCCAAUGCCUCAACUCGGUAGCGGUUCGUCUGUAUCUGCGGCAACGUCCGCGUUAACUACAGUCUCUACGACGUCCGGUUCGGAGGCUGCCGCCCUGGCGAGCGAUGCGGGCGAGGAAUCUAAGGAUCUCGACAUGCGGAUACAAUCGCUGGAAAAAGCGAUAGCUGCCCAGAUUGCCAGCAACGGCGGGCAAGCAGCGGUUCCAUCGCUAUCACUUGAACAGCACGCGAAAAGUGACAAAGAUGAUUCGGCUCAGACGCAAAGUAUGGCUCAACAAGACGCAGAAAACGAUGAUAGUGCGCAAUCGUCCGACGAUGACGGUACCGGUGAAGGCCUACCCAUACUGCAAACGCCUGCUUCGCUGCUGGAAAUUGACGAUUUUCUGCAAAAUUUUGAGCGUGAAAGAUUUGAUUUUUCGAAGCCCCCUGCGUUGCUGAUGAGUAAUCAAACAGAAUCGUCCCAAUCUCCGCCAGCUACCUCAGAGCAUUCCGGUUCGGCGACGGGAGAUUCUAGGAGAAAUCCUUCCGAUAACACGGAAAGUGUCGACAUGGAUUUAUCUGACGAAGACGGCGACAACCAGCAUCAACAGCCAGCUCGAUCAGAAGGAAAACGUUCGUCCCAGGAAUCCGCAGCUCCGUAUCAGCAUGCCACGGACGAAACCAGCAACGACGCGCCCGCUGCGAAAGACGAGUUCGUAGCAAAGGACAGUCCAAGUGAGGAAGGUCCGCUAUUGCGAUUGCCCGCAAGCAGUAACGGUAAUGCCAACAACAAUGGUGUUGGUGCGAGUAGCACUGUGAGCGGGAAAAACAGCGGAAGCAGCACCACCGGCAGCGGCACCACUCCGACACCACCCUUACACCAACGGCCUCCGCUACUGCCGGAUCCCACGUUCCCUCCCGGUGGAGGUCCGAAGUGGGACCUGCCACCACCGAGUCUGCUGAGUCUGCCAGUGCUGAGCAACUUCAAUGCUGUUCUACCGCCACCGCCGCCGCCCGGGGGGCUCGUGGGUAAACUGAACCAACCACCACCAGCUGCCGGGCAAAUAUGGACGGAAAAGCCACCUUCCGGACCUGGUGAGGUAUCUGCUCUAUUUGGCCCACCGAAUCGGCCACCACCGCCGCUUCCGUUCGUGGUGGGUUCACCUGGACCGAAAGGCAUCGGCAACAAUUACCGUGGAGGGGCAACUCCACGUGGGGGACGAGGCCACAAUAGGGCAGGUAUGUCGCCGUACUUUCGCGGUGGAGGCGGUGCAUCCGCGGGGUUGAUGAUGGGUGGUGGAGCAGCCGGAGGAGUGGGUGCGGGCGGUCCGUUUGCAGGAUCCGUGGUGGGUGGUGGUGCCGGUGGGUCUCCCGGAAUGCGUGGCGGAUAUCACCAUCGGGGUGGCGGGGGAAAUAAAUUCCGCGGUGGAGGCGUCGGUGGCGCAGCUAAUAAUCGACCUCCUUGGUGA